AGCCAAAGUGCAAAUCCGAACCGCGAACGAAAUUUCCCUGCGUUUGAAGCUGGAUCAGAAUUAGAAGAACUAGAACCAUUACAAUCUUCGAAACAUUAACACGUCCACUGAACCACAGUUGUCACCUUCAAGAAUUAGAUCUAGAUCUAGAUAAAGAUCUACAUCUCGAGAUAGAUCUAGAACUAGAUUGUCGAGAUAGUACACCGUGUAUCGACCGUAUCAAAAAUCUGGCGACUGCGACAUUAUGUUGUUUCUGUCCAAGAACUGAGCUAGUACCACGCAGUACGACCUAGUAGUACCUAACAAGCACUAGCGACAUUCCCAGCUGCCCCUCAUGUCCCUCACCUGCUCCCUUUCGGGUCGGAUUCCCUUCGAUCCGUUCGUCGCGCGACCAUGCGGGUACCUCUUCGACAAGCAAGCUCUAGAGGAAAAGCUCAAAGAAACCGGCGAUCGCUGCCCGAUAACCGGGUGUGAGAUCGAGGCGUUACUUCCGGUCAAAACCGACCACGCGCAGACUCUGCGAACAAUACCGGCGGCGAACCUGCCAGGGUUGUUGACCAUCAUGCAAGGCACUUAUGAGGAAUUGUUGCAGGCAAGCUUCUCGCAGAAACGCGACUUGGACCAGUCCAAGGAACAGUUGGCGCAUGUCCUGUAUUGCCUAAUUUGAUGAUUCUCUGUUGCGCCCGUGACAUAAGUGAAAUAAUUUUUUUUGUUCCUCAUAGAGGCGUUUCUCAAUGCCGACCAUAAUUUGCGCUGGUGCUUCUAAACAAGCCACAACUCACAUUUACAAAGCAUGCCUUCACGCUGACAAAACAGGACUCAACACGACGCCGCGACGCGAACGAUUAAGAGAAUACUUGGCGAGCGCGAUUUGGCCCGGGAAACUGUGAAAUCUCUAGAGGAUGCGCUGAAGAAUCAACGCAGAAAUCUUAGCUCCAUCGUUGGCGCCGAGCCAACCGUCGCAGCCGCGUUCUCACAGCCACUGCCGGAGGAGAUCGGUACUGCGAAUUAUAAUACUUACGUACCAUGGAAAUGACGAAAUGACAUUACCGACUGCAAUUGAUAUGCAUAUGGACUUCGCUUUCGCUGCGACUGCGAGUCUCAAACGGGCCCAUGUUUGUACGAGUACGGAUUAUUUGUCAUGCGAUUUGUGACGAUAUUUACAUCAGUUGCAUGCAAAACUUUAUCUUUUCUAUACCAGGUUUCUCUGACGCCUGGAAGGAGCGUGUUGCCGAACAUGACACCGCUUUUUCGAAGAAGAGAAAAGAGGGUGCUUACAAGGAAGUCCACAAGACGCUCACGCCGUUCGCAACCAACAAGGAGAUGCAGAAGUUGUUCUCCUUUUCCGACCGCCACCAGAGCACGGCGCCGGGGAUAUCGGUGUGCGCGCUGAAUCCGGCGGACAACAACGAGGUACUCACUGGUGGAGUGGACGGAAAUCUGGAAAAAUUCAACCUCCAACAAGCGAGGGACACACAGAAGCCAGAAACGCUGAAGAUCGCCGCCCACGAGGCGGCAAUAACGUGCUGCGGAUUUCACCCCGCGAAAAGCAGCAUUUUGGUGUCCGCCGCAGAGGAUUCCGUGGUGAAAAUCUGGGGGAAAGAUGGUAUAGAGUAAUUGAAGAAUUGAGGGCCACGAUCUUCUAUGCACCUCCUGCAAUUCGAAAAAACUUACAGUGCUGUAUGAAACUUGUUCUCAAACUUGCCAAUACCAAAUCCGAACGCAACUCAAAACAGCCAACGGGCGAUACGGCGAGCAUUUCGCGUCUUCCGCGCGGUUGCACGAUGGCGCUGCGAUCGCCGAUGUGCUGGUCCACCCACUGAACGACCUGAUGAUUGCCGCUGGCGGCAGAGCAAUCUCCUACUUCGACAUGCACACCGGGCAGUUGCUGCGAUGGAUAAAAGGGCUCGACGAGGUCGUCGCACAAUUCAAAGUGCACCCGAACGGUAUUGAUUGUUAUACGCGCUAGUUUGAUAUUUUUUCGUUUUCCUUGGAGUAGUAUGCGUCCAAAAAUUCAUGAAAAUCAAAAUUGAAAAUUGCAAUUGCAAACCUGCUCUGAGCUUGCUGCUUCAUGUGUCUACUUCUACUAGAUGGACAAGUACAACCGCGCAGAAUCUGACAACAACUAUGAUCACCAGGCAAAGCCGGUAUUGCCGCGGUGGGGCGUCAAAUUCAGCUUUGGGAUAUCGCCCAGGGGACGUACACAAGAUCCAUGGCGACAAAGGACGACGGCAGUUGCGACGCACACCAAGCGCCAAUAACGUCCGUCGCGGUGAGUCACAAUGCCCUUAACAUAGUCACCGGUAGCGCCGACGGGGUGGUGCAGUUGUGGGAUUUGCGAAAGCAGGAGCACAGCGUCCAAACACACAACUUCUCAGGGGCGAUCAACAAGCUCAGGUAUCUUGGCUGUUGCGCUUACAAUUUUUUUUUUACCGAUUGCGCUUGCACUUUGCAUUGAUAAUUACUUCGCAUGCAGAUCGUUUUACAUACUACUUACUGCAACAUGGGAUCCGAUCAUGAUUCUAUUCAAAACUCUAACCCCAGGUUCGAUCCUGCGGGUCAGUACCUGGGCGUCGCGCACGGCGAAGGCGACCUGGACAUCUACCACUUCGAAUCGAAAACCUCCUUGGGCAGCAUCGUCGGCUUCCAGCAGGCGCACGCGAGCACGUGUACGGACAUCCUGUUCGCCGACCGAGCGAAAUUCGCCGUAUCCGUCGGCAUGGACCGGUGCGUUAACUUCUACCAGGCACCGGAACUCGCCGGUUACUUCGAAGAACCGGACGCAAAACGUCAGCGUGUCUAGAUGGGUACUAAGGCAGUGUCAGGAAGGCGGGUGCGUGGAGGUGCUGCUUGUUCUAGAAGACGUCGAAGUCGGCCGCGUCCGUAAAGUAGACUCCACGACCACGACUUUGUUUCGGCGACGUUAAUUCGAAAAUGUAUCAUAAGCAAUCUGGAGAAGUACCAGGCAGCUUUCCUAGAUUGCUUUGGAUAUGUUUUCAACAGCUGGUUCUGCUUCUGUAUACUGAUUAUGCUCAAAGUGGAAAACACUCAUGAAUAUUUAUGAAUUUUCGACGACUUGAGUAUCAUGGUGUCACAGUGACCGAGGCACCACUGGGAGAACUUUGUGUCACUGUGGAACUUGUUGCGAGCUGGUGGCCUUCGUGCUUCUAGUGCGCAUUUUUCCAAGAACGGCAGCCGAAAGCAAAAUUUACUACAGUGGAAGAAGAUACAAAGUAUGAGCUGCAGACUUACGGGGGAAUAAAAACGACUCUACUGGCC